AUGAACGCACAGCACGUCCGCAACUUCUGCAUCAUCGCCCAUAUAGAUCAUGGCAAAUCCACGCUCGCCGACCGCCUCAUGCAGCAAACCGGCGCAGUUGAUGAGCGUGAAAUGGUUGAGCAGCUGCUCGACAGCAUGGACCUCGAGCGAGAGCGCGGCAUCACCAUCAAGGCGCAAGCCGUUCGCCUCGCUUACAAGGGCGCGGACGGGCAGGACUACCAGCUCAAUCUCAUAGACACGCCCGGCCAUGUUGACUUCUCCUACGAGGUAUCGCGCAGCCUCGCCGCCUGUGAGGGCGCGCUUCUGGUCGUGGACGCCUCUCAGGGCAUUCAGGCGCAGACGCUCGCCAAUGUCUAUCUCGCGCUCGAAAACGACCUUGAGAUUAUCCCCGUCAUCAACAAGAUCGACCUAGAUGUCGCAGAGCCUGAGCGCGUAGCCCAGGAAGUACAACAGGCGUUCGGCUUCACCGACGAUGAGAUAGUCUUCGUCUCCGCAAAGGACGGCACCGGCAUUCCCGAAAUCCUCGAAGCCAUAGUGCAGCGUGUGCCGCCGCCCACCGGUAGCCCUGACUCGCCCCUGCGCGCGCUUAUCUUCGACUCCAAGUACGACCCGUACAAAGGCGCGAUAGCCUAUGUUCGCAUCAUGGACGGGCAGGUGCCCUCAGGCAGCCGAGUCAAGAUAAUGUCCAACGGCAGCGAGAGUGAUGUGCUGGAAGUGGGCGUCUUCGCGCCCGCACCGACUAGCAUUGAGCGAUUAAGCGUCGGUGAAGUCGGAUACAUAGCAACCGGCCUGAAGAGCGUGGGCGACGCCCCCGUCGGUGACACCGUGACCCUUGCCAACCCUGCCGCCGCCGAGCCGCUCAAGGGCUACCAGCCGCUCAAGCCUAUGGUCUUCGCGGGCCUUUACCCCGCAGACGGCGAAGACUACCUCGAUAUGCGCGUUGCCCUGGAGAAGCUCCAGCUCAACGACGCCGCUCUCAGCUUCGAGCCCGAAAACUCCGUCGCGCUCGGCUCAGGCUUUCGCUGCGGCUUCCUGGGCUUGCUCCACAUGGAUAUCGUGCAGGAACGCUUGGAACGGGAGUAUGAUCUGAACCUGCUCGCCACAUCCCCGAGUGUCGCCUACGAAGUGCUGAUGACCGACGGCGAGAUAUUGCAGAUAGACAGCCCAGCGCACCUGCCGGAUUCGUCCCGAAUAGACGAAAUCCAGGAGCCUUGGCUUGAUCUCAGCAUCAUCGCGCCCGCAAACUACAUCGGUCCCGUCAUUGAACUGGUGCGAACCCGGCGCGGCGAGUACAAGCGCAUGGAAUACUUGCAGCAGGAAGGGACGCACUCCACGCCGCGCGUGCUCAUGGAGUUUAAUGUCCCCCUUGCCGAGGUGCUCAUCGACUUCUACGACAACCUCAAGGCGAGUACCCAGGGCUACGCAUCUAUGGACUACUCUUUGUCGGGCUAUCGCUCAGGCAGGCUCGCCAAGGUGGACAUCCUCGUGAACAACGAGCCCGUGGACGCGCUCUCGAUUAUCACUCACCGCGACAACGCCUACUACCAGGGACGCGAGCUUGUGAAGAAGUUGCGCGAACUCAUCCCCAGGCAGCUCUUCGAAGUGCCCGUGCAAGCCGCAAUCGGUAGGAAAAUCAUCGCCCGCGAGACCAUCCGUGCGCUGCGUAAGGAUGUCCUCGCCAAGUGCUACGGCGGCGAUGUGACCCGCAAGCGCAAGCUCCUCCAGAAGCAGGCUGAGGGCAAAAAGCGCAUGAAGCGCGUCGGCAGCGUCGAAAUCCCGCAGGAAGCCUUCCUCAGCAUCCUCAAGGUCAGCCGCUGA